GUGACUCCCUGCAGGAGCUUUGAACACAACAUGGCCGAGGCGGUGAUGUCAAACGGGCUCACGGGCUUGGAUGGACACCAUCUGGACAGGAUCGCAGAGCCCUCCGCUCUCACCGUCGAGUCCACCAGGAAGGAAACCCACAGGAGUGGAGCCUCAGCUGGAGCAACGCAACAGGCACAAGCAGAGCCCACCGCCAUCCCGCUGAAGCCCCAGGUGCUCGCCCCCGCCAGCCUGGCCCCGGCCGAGCAGCUGUGGACCACCAGCAAGCAGGGGGCGGUCCGCUUGCGGAUGGAGGAGUCGGGACCGGCCGCCGACAUCCCUGUCACAGUGCACCAGAUGUUCCUGGGGACGGUGGAGGCUUUCGGGGACCACCCGGCCUUGGCGUCCAAGAAGGACGGACAGUGGGAGACGCUCACGUGGAGGCAGUACUACCAGCAGUGCAGGACGGCGGCAAAGAGCUUCAUGAAGCUCGGCCUGGAGCGCUACCACGGGGUGGGCAUCCUGGGCUUCAACGCCCCCGAGUGGUUCAUCGCCAAUGUGGGCUGCAUCUUGGCCGGGGGUUUGGCAACAGGCAUUUACACCACCAACAUACCCGCGGCCUGUUGGGAAGUGGCCAGCACCAUCAUGGCGAACAUUAUUGUGGUGGAGAACCAGCAACAGCUGGACAAAAUCCUGCAGGUGAAAGAUGAUCUGCCACAUCUCAAAGCCAUUGUCCAGUACAAAGGAGAACUGAAGCAGAGGCUCCCCUCCCUUUACACAUGGGCGGAGUUCAUGAGGCUGGGUGAGGAUGUCCCCGAAAAAGACCUGAACGAUUCCAUCAACAGCCUCCGUGUCAACGAAUGCUGCACUCUCAUCUUCACGUCAGGAUCCACCGGACCCCCGAAAGGUGUCAUGCUGAGCCACGACAACGUGACCUGGACGGUCCAAAGAGCAGGAGACUUGGUGGGCCUGCGCUACGGCGAGGAGUCAGUGGUCAGCUACUUGCCUCUCAGCCACGUGGCGGCUCAGCUCAAUGACAUGUACAUCACCAUGAGGUUCGCAGCCACCACGUAUUUCGCCGAGCCCGAUGCCCUCAAGGGAUCCUUGGGAACCACGUUGAAGGAGGUCAAGCCCACCGCAUUCCUAGGUGUCCCUCGCGUUUGGGAGAAGAUACAGGAGAAAAUGCAAGAGGCCGGCGCUAAGGCGAGCCCGUUCAAGAAGAGCGUGGCCGACUGGGCCAAGGCCAUCGGACUCAUGUACAACUACAGCGCCAUGCACGGGGAAAAGCGCGUGCCAUGGGGCUUCACCUUGGCUAACCAGCUGGUGUUCAAGAAGGUCCGAGCGGCGCUGGGCCUGGAGCGCUGCCGGAUCUUGUUAACUGGGUCGGCCCCCAUCUCCAAGGAGACCCUGGAGUACUUCAUGAGCCUCAACAUGCCCCUCUUGGAACUGUACGGCAUGAGCGAGAGCUCCGGCCCGCACACUGUCUCCACUAACGAUGACUUUCACAUCAACAGCUGCGGGAAGGUGAUGCCAGGCUGCAAGGUGAAGCUGGACAACCAGGACUCGGAAGGCAACGGGGAGGUCUGCUUCUGGGGGCGCAACGUCUUCAUGGGCUACCUCAACAAGGACGACAAGACCAAAGAGGCGCUAGACCAGGACGGUUGGCUGCACUCCGGAGACAUUGGAAGGUUCCAGCGAAACUUCCUUUUCAUCACUGGAAGGAUUAAAGAGAUCAUUAUUACCGCUGGCGGCGAGAAUGUGGCUCCAGUCCCCAUCGAGAAUGUGGUGAAGGCAGAGGUGGCCAUCAUCAGCAACGCAAUGCUAAUCGGAGACAGGAAGAAGUUCCUCACCAUGCUCAUCACGCUCAAAUGCGUCGUGGACCAAGAGGGCAACCCCACAGAGCAGCUGAGCCAAGAGGCCAUCAACUUCUGCCGCAAUCUUGGCGUAGGCGCUACCAGGGUGUCGGAGAUCAUUGAUAACAAGGAGCCUGGCGUCUACAAAUCCAUUCAGGAGGGCAUAGAGCGAUACAACGCCAAUGCCGUCGCCAGAGCGCAGAAGGUACAGAAGUUUGUCAUCCUGCCAAGAGACUUCUCCAUCGCGGGAGGAGAGCUUGGGCCCACCAUGAAAGUGCGGAGGCCAAUCGUCGUCCAAAUGUACCAAGACAAAAUCGAUGAGAUGUACACUGAGCAGACGCAAACAAAAUAAACCAUGAAGAUGGAUGAUAUUUAUACUUUAAUGCACCUUUACCUUGUAAAUAAAAGAUCCCAGUCAUGGCCAAAGCUUGCCAUAUUGAUCCCCACGUGAGUACCUAACACUUAAGUGCAAUAUCAUUAAUUUUGUAUUGCAAUUGUUUCGUCAUUAAACAGGAUUGGCUGAUGAAUUGAGACAUCAUUAAAAGAUGUCUAUUGUCAAUUUAUGGUAAGAAUAAAAUUACAAUAUUUGAA